CUUUGACAUUGGAGGUGUCUCUUUAAACGAACCAUCUGAUAACCAGGAAGCUGUCGAAGCACCCGCUGAAUAAAACCCUGCAGGUGGAUACCGGCUUUUACCAUUACCAUCAGAGGUGAUGGGACGUCUCGGGGUAAAGGAGCGGCCGUAAAGCAUCUUUAACGUUAGCUGGUGGUGAUGAAGGCAGGUUGUCGGGCAUUGCUGUAGCUAACGUUAACGUCUCUCUGUCAGCUGUCUGUCCCGGUGUGUCGGCUAAAGAGUCUUUUAGCCUAACGUGACCGUUAACGUUAGAUAUCGUCAGCUACAUAAGCUAAAUAGAUAGACAGUAGCCAUGUUUUUAUCACAUUUGGAGCUAUGGAGAACAUACUGGGAGUGUGUGUCCAGACCUUACACGGUGUUCAUCUGCUCCCUCACGGCCGCACUGUACUAUCUGUGGGGCCGCAAGUGUCAGACACCAGUUCUGGUUUCCAGCAAGGCUUUCGGCGCAUUCCUCCACAAGCACUGUCCUGUGGUGGUCGAGCGCUUCAGUCCCACUCCGUGGUGCUGGGGAGGCCGGCUUCAAACGCUGGUCUGUGCCGUCCUCAAGUCCAGACCCUCCGUCUCUUAUCGCAAUGAGCUGAUCCGAACGGUUGAUGGUGGUCAGAUCUCUCUGGACUGGGUGGACAAUCAGGACAGUGCGACCUACCCAGAAUCCUCCACCCGCCCCACAGUACUGAUCCUCCCAGGUCUGACAGGCAACAGCAAGCAGUCCUAUGUGCUCCAUGCCAUUAGCCAGGCCACUCGCCGCGGCUAUAGAUGUGUGGUCUUCAACAACAGAGGACUUGGAGGGGAAGAGUUGUUGACGCCUGUCACCUACUGCGCAGCCAACACCUCAGAUCUUGAGCGUGUGGUGCAACAUGUCAAAGGACUUUACCCACAUGCCCCUGUGCUUGGUGCUGGUGUGUCUUUGGGAGGCAUGUUAUUACUAAACUACCUGGCCCGUAAGCGCUCGGAGUCUGGGAUGGUGGCAGGUUUCACCAUCUCCGUCCCCUGGAAUGCACUGAAGUCUGCCACCUCGAUGGAAGAACCACUUAACUGGCUGCUUUUCAACAAAUACCUCACAAACGGCCUGUGUCGUGCUGUCACCAGGCACAGGAAGGUUCUCGAGAAAGUGGUGGACAUUGAAUAUGUCGUGAAGGCGCGGACUAUCCGUGAGUUUGACGAACGCUUCACCUCUCUGAUGUUCGGUUAUAAAUCUUGCACAGACUAUUACAUUGAUGCCAGCCCAGACAAUAAACUCCAAAAUACAGCAGUGCCCAUCCUGUGUCUCAACGCUGCUGAUGACCCCUUCUCUCCCCAACACGCCUUCCCGCUGACCACAGUCCAGAGCCUGCCGAAUGUCGCCCUGUUGUUAACGGCCCACGGUGGACACAUUGCCUUCCUGCAGGGUUUGUUCCCUCGGGGCGAGAGCUACAUGGAGCACGUAUUCGGUCAGUUUGUUCAAGCCGUAUUUGAACACCCUAAGGACAUCAUGAAAGCCUGCAGCAUUAAGGAGGAGCAGAUGAGCUGAUCAUCUUGUCCGAGCACCAGAAUGACCGCUAGCUGAGAGGAAUAUGAAGUCGCCGGCAUCUUAGCAGUAGAACAGCAAUUCACAAAAAUGCAUUGCUCGGCUUUGCAUGCCGUUAGCUUACCGCAGAAAUGUUGGGUCUCCUUCAUGUUUGCACAGAGAAUGACCAACUGUAUUGUACAAUCAUAUGACCUCAUUGCAACUUUGCUGAUCUACCUCAUCAUCUCAGGUUCUCUAUUUAAUGAGCAAUCAAGAAGUAAAAAUGUGCAGAACUCAUUUUUGAAAUAUCUAAGAAAUCUUGCAGCCAGCUGAUAAAUUAAUACAGAUAAAUAUUAAGAUAAAAACACGCAAUAUAAACAUUAUUUUUUAAAAAAAGAUUGUAUAUUACUUUUAAUCAUGUACUUUCUCCCACAUGCCGUCCCAAAUUGAAGCACUUGAAGUGUGUGUUGACAACAAAAUGUGUAAUUAUUCCCUGUUAGAAAAUGAGUGCUUGGGUUUAUUUGAAAAUUAUUAAAUUAUUAAUAAAAAUAAUAAUAAAUUAAAUAAUAAAAGGAAAAGAAUGUGAAAAUUUGAACAUAUAUGCUUAUGUUACUAUUGUUUUGCCUCAUAACCUGCUUUGGUUUUGCAGUACUAGUUUUCCUUGAAGUGUGCAACAUUCCUGAAAAAAUUAUACUUCUUCACGUUUUAGCCUUGCAUGCAUACUUUACAUAGACUUUCUCAGUGCAUACCAUACUCUGUGGUAAUCCUGCUAACAGCUUGGUUGUUUGAACUGUCAAUCUCAACCAAAAAACAGCCACACGGCAGGAAACAACAUAUCUGUCAUGAAGGAAAGACAUGUACAAUUGUAGGACAGGUUUGUCAUCUGAGUUUUUGAUUCUUAAACAAACAAAAAAACCUGACAUCAGUUAAAUGUAAAAACUAUUGUACGCUUGUAAAUGCUUUUGCAGUUUGCUUGAUUGCACUGUAAAUUAUGCACUACCUUAGACGUGACUGUAAAAAAUACUUAAGGUAUUUGUACCUGCCGUCAAUAAUUUAAUAGUGAGUGGUUUUAAUUUGUGAGUGCUGUAAAUCUGCCUUUUGUUUGUCACUGACACACGUUGUUUGGGGAACGAGUGAUGGAUAAAAGAAUGUAUAUCAUGUCCACAUGAUGAUUAUAUGAUGUGUAGUUUGUAGUUACAGGAGGUCAUUUGUUCUUAACUUAAAGGGUAACAUUAGCAUUUUUUAACCUAUGUCAUAUUUUCCCAUGUUUUUGUGUCUCAGUGACAAGUGAGAACAACAGUUUUUGAAAUUGGUCCAGCAUUGAGUGAAACAGGCUGCAGUAUAACCACUUGGCGUCCACUAGAAGUGCUUGUUUUUGCCAGGUUCAGAUUGUUAUAAGAGUAUGACACUUAUUGGAAAGGAUCCCUACAGAGAUAGACCUUGUUGUUAAAGAGUAAGAUCCCCUUUAUUUAACAAGGAACAGCCCCUAAAUCGCGAUCACCAAACCCACCAGACUCUAUUUAAAUAAGCAGUAAUUUUGGCAUGUAUAGAGCUAGCUUGUUUUCACAUCUAACUGGGUGAAUUAAGGGUUUAUUUCAACCAAACUAAAGUUGGUGAUUCUUGGAACAGUGGAAAGACGAACCAAGAUGGCUUUUGUGAGCUUUAUUUUGUGUCUGUCUACUUGGAGUUAAGUGUGUUUUCGGGGCUGUUUCUGAUUGAACAAAAAUGAUCUUACUCUUCGAGAAAAAGGUCUAUCUCUGUAGGGAUCAUUUCCAUAAUGUUGUUAGUAGGGCUGCAAUGAUUAGUCAACAAAUCAAUGACUAAUUGACUAUUAAAAUAAUUGGUGACUAUUUUAGUAGGCGACUAAUCAGAGAAAAGUACUAUAAAAGUACCCCAAAAUACUCUUAUUGCAGCUUCUUACGUUCAAAUAUUGUCAGCUGUACACACUCUCCCAUGACGGUGAACUAAAACCCUUUGGCGUGAGUACAAAACAAGACAUUAGAUGACAUAAUUUUGGGGUUUGGGAGAGACGGACUGACAUUUUUCAACAUUUUAACACAUUUUUCGAUAAAAUGAUUAGUCGACUAAUCGAAGAAAUAAUCAACAGAUUAGUCGACAAUGAAAAUAAUCGUUAGUUGCAGCCCUAGUUGUUAGACACUUAGAAUAACAAUCUGAGCCAGUCAGUGGCAAAAACAAGCACUUUUAGUGGCUGUUAACAGACAGUGUUCACAUGGAGUAGUUACAUUGCAGCCUGUUUUGCAGGUGAUGGCUUCAAAAAUUGUUUUUCUGAUUUAUCACUUAGACACUAAAACAUGGGGAAAUAGGGUCCAGGUUGAAAAAUACCAAAGUUACCCUUUAAUCAUGGAUUUGAAGUCUUUGUACAAUAAGGACCAGGUCAGUAUGUGUGUACUGAAUGUCAUUUUCAGUCAGCCCAGAAUACUUAGAAGGUUUUUAUUAUGUGUGUAUCUAUCACCAAUAGUGCACUGAUGAUGCAAACACACCAUUUUACAAUGCCACUACCAACGUGUUAUCACUUUAUGAUUUAUGUCAUUUUUACCAGAAGCUGCAUUUGUUUUACUUGAACAGUAAAUGUCUGCAAAUGUGACCUGAGAACACAGCAGCACAUGUUGCUGACUGCUGUCUUACUGCAUCUACUUCCUCAUCAGUUCUUUGCCACAUUCUCAUGCCUUCCAUUGCCGUGUAUUUUUUAAUGGAUACUUAUUUCUUCAGUCUGUAUGAGCUGUAACCACAAUUACAUUGUUUUUGCAAUAUCAACGGUGUAUUCACUUGAAAGAAUGUUGGGCAUUAUGAAGUAUGUAUUUGGUUUUUGGUUAUUGAAUCA